AUGAGUCGCCACUUGGACCUGGUGCGGAGCUUCCUGGAGCAGCUGGAGGCCCGGGACCGCCGGGAGGGAGAAAUCCUUGGCCGCGAGUUCAGAGAUAUUAAGGCCCGCUCGGUGGCCUGGAAGACUGGAGGUGUGUGCUCCACUAAGGUCGGCAAUCGGCCUGGGAACACGAAGAAGAACCGCUACAAAGACGUGGUGCCAUAUGACGAGACCCGCGUCAUCCUUUCCCUGCUGCAGGAGGAGGGACAUGGAGAUUACAUCAAUGCCAACUUCAUCCGGGGCACAGAUGGAAGUCACGCCUACAUUGCGACCCAAGGACCCCUGCCUCACACUCUGUUGGACUUUUGGCGCCUGGUUUGGGAGUUCGGGAUCACGGUGAUCCUGAUGGCCUGUCAAGAGAUAGAGAAUGGACGGAAGAAGUGUGAACGUUACUGGGCCCAGGAGCAGGAGCCACUGCAGACAGGGCCUUUCUGCAUCACCCUGAUAAGGGAGGUGCCAGUGAAUGCAGACAUCACUCUCAGGACACUCCGGGUUACAUUCCAGAAGGAAUCCCGCUUUGUGCACCAGCUGCAGUAUAUGUCCUGGCCAGACCACGGGGUUCCCAGUAAUCCCGACCACAUUCUCACCAUGGUGGAGGAGGCCCGUCGCCUCCAUGGAGCUGGCCCUGGACCCCUCUGUGUCCACUGCAGCGCUGGCUGCGGACGGACAGGUGUCCUGUGUGCUGUGGAUUACGUGAGGCAGUUGCUGCUGACCCAGACAAUCCCACCCAAUUUCAACCUCUUUGAUGUGGUCCUCGAGAUGAGGAAACAGCGUCCUGCUGCCGUGCAGACAGAGGAGCAGUACAGGUUCCUGUACCACACCGUGGCCCAGCUAUUCUCCCGUACUCUCCAGAACACCAGCCCCCACCACCAGAAACUGAAAGAGAACUGUGCCCCAACUGGAAAGGAUUCCUUGUCCCUCAGGAUCUCCCCAGCGCCGGCUGACACAUCCCGCCCACCAGGUGGUGUUUUCAGCAGGAGCAUCUCCGUACCCGGAUCCCAGACUGGGACCAUGGCCGACACGUACGCUGUGGUUCAGAAGCAUGGCGCCCCCGCGGGCGUAGGGCGGGGAACGCGGGUGCCCAGCAGCACCGACACCAUAAUCUACAGCCAGGUGACUCCGCGUUCCCAGCGGCCGGUGGCACACACCGAAGACACGACGGGGACGACGCCACCGGGCCGUGUUCCUGUGGAUCUAAAUCCUCCCGGGCCUGAUGCCUAUGAAGAAGUAACAAAUGGAGCGCAGACUGGUGGCCUAGGCUUCAACUUGCGCAUUGGAAAACCCAAAGGACCACGGGAUCCUCCAGCAGAGUGGACGCGAGUGUGAGUGCUGUCGCGCAAUAGUGGCUGGACUUCUGCAGCCUUGCUGCUGUGCACUGUGUUGGAAAUGGGACUUGUGGGUCUGCAUCAAAAUAAAAGUUUCUCAGGGCGGAAAAAAUAAGGGCUUUGCCCCAGUGUUUAUAGCAAUCAAAGCCCGA